AUUUUUCUCUGCGCUUGUGUCCGAAGCAGUCUGGAGCCGCUGAGGGUCUCGGCCGGGGCCGCUUUCCAGGGCCCUAGUCAGGACCGAGGCGGGGAGGAGAGUAGGAAUCCCCGGCGCACCUUUGUACGAGCUUGACCGAGCGUCACCGGGCUUGUUCCUGGGUCGCCGUCAGGCCGCGGUCUCUCCUCCCCCGCCCUUCAGCGGGGCUGCGCGCUGGGUCUGCAUCGCCGAUACCAUCGGGGAGGCGGCGCCCUGGGUCUGGAGAGCCGUUGCCACCGAGGAGGCGGCGGCCCCGAGCGCGGCUGCCAGGGCCGGGCACACGUGGGGGUCCGCCGAGCCGCCCGGGGCUCCUCUGUCCCAGCUCUGCGGCCCAGGGGGUGACGUGAUGGCGGCAGCGGUGCUGACGGACCGGGUUCAGGUUUCUGUUACCUUUGAUGAUGUGGCUGUGACUUUCACCGAGGAGGAGUGGGGGCAGCUGGACCUAGCGCAGCGGACCCUGUAUCAGGAGGUGAUGCUGGAAAACUGUGGACUCCUGGUGUCUCUGGGGUGUCCUGUUCCCAGACCAGAGCUGAUCUACCACCUAGAUCAUGGGCAGGAGCCAUGGACCGGGAAGGAAGACCUCUCCCAAGGCACCCGUCCAGGUGACAAAGGAAAGCCGAAGACCACAGAACCUACUACUUGUGAUCCAGCUUUGUCAGAGGGAAUCUCACUUCAGGGACAACUGACACAAGGAAACUCAGUGGACUCCCAGUUGGGGCAAGCCAAGGAUCAGGAUGGGCUAUCAGAAAUGCAGGAAAGACACUCCAUACCAGGAAUAGAUCCCCAGCAGAAACUUCCUGGGAAGAUGAGCCCUGAAUGUGAUGGUGUGGGGACAGCUGACGGUGUGUGUUCAAGGGUUGGACAGGAGCAAGUCCCUCCGGCAGAUACAGUCCAUAGCCAUAACUCAUGUGAAUCAGGUAAAGGUCCCAUGAUUCAGGAAGAGGAAAAUACCUUUAAAUGCAGUGAAUGUGGAAAAGUAUUUAACAAGAAACACCUCCUUGCUGGACAUGAGAAAAUUCACUCUGGAGUGAAGCCCUAUGAAUGCACAGAAUGUGGGAAAACCUUUAUUAAGAGCACACAUCUCCUGCAGCACCACAUGAUCCACACUGGGGAGAGGCCCUAUGAGUGCAUGGAGUGUGGAAAGGCCUUUAACCGGAAGUCAUACCUUACUCAGCACCAGCGGAUUCACAGUGGAGAGAAGCCUUACAAGUGCAGUGAAUGCGGAAAGGCCUUCACCCACCGCUCCAAUUUUGUCCUGCACAACAGGAGACACACUGGAGAAAAAUCCUUUGUGUGCACAGAGUGUGGGCAAGUCUUUCGACAUAGGCCAGGCUUUCUUCGGCACUAUGUUGUCCACAGUGGUGAGAAUCCCUACGAGUGCUUGGAGUGUGGCAAGGUCUUCAAACACAGGUCAUACCUCAUGUGGCACCAGCAGACUCAUACAGGGGAGAAGCCCUAUGAGUGCAGUGAAUGUGGGAAGGUCUUCUUGGAGAGCGCAGCCCUUAUUCACCACUAUGUCAUCCACACUGGGGAGAAGCCCUUUGAGUGCCUCGAGUGUGGGAAGGCUUUCAACCACCGGUCAUACCUCAAGAGGCACCAGCGGAUUCACACUGGGGAGAAGCCUUUCGUGUGCAGUGAGUGUGGAAAGGCCUUCACCCACUGCUCUACUUUUAUCUUGCAUAAAAGGGCCCACACUGGAGAAAAACCUUUCGAGUGCAAAGAAUGUGGGAAAGCCUUUAGCAAUCGGAAGGACCUCAUUCGACAUUUCAGCAUCCACACUGGGGAGAAGCCCUAUGAGUGCGUGGAGUGUGGAAAGGCUUUUACUCGCAUGUCAGGCCUCACAAGGCACAAGCGGAUUCAUAGUGGAGAGAAGCCCUAUGAAUGUGUUGAGUGUGGGAAAUCUUUCUGCUGGAGCACAAACCUCAUUCGACACUCCAUCAUCCACACUGGAGAGAAGCCCUAUAAGUGCAGUGAAUGUGGAAAGGCCUUCAGUCGCAGCUCAUCCCUCACUCAGCAUCAAAGGAUGCACACUGGGAGGAAUCCUAUCAGUGUAACAGAUGUGGGAAGACCUUUCACAAGUGGGCAGACCUCAGUUACCCUUCGAGAACUUCUUUUAGGGAAGGACUUUUUGAAUGUCACCACUGAGGCAAAUAUUUUGCCAGAGGAAACAUCUUCCUCUACAUCUGACCAACCAUACCAAAGAGUAACCCCACAAGUGUCUUCACUGUGAGAAAACCUUCUGUUGCUGAACAUGACGUGUAUCUGAAGAGUCAAAUUCAUUCCGUCUAGAGCCUUAUUCUCCAUCUGAUAAUUUAUCCUGGAGAGAGACCUGGUGGUUACUGUGCACACAGGAAAACCUUCAGCUGCAUCUUUCUCCGUAGUUUACAGUGCAAUGUUAUCUCAGGAAUUAUUUUUUAGAAGGAGGAGGAAACAUAGAAAAAAAUGAAAUGCAAGCACACAUCUUUUUAGACUUCUCUGCCAAGCCUGCAGCGCUUUGUCCUAGAUUCCUUAGUGUAUUUGGGGGAAGGGAAGUGUUUCAAGGUAAAGGGCCUUGACCCUUUUUGUGUCUUGUAUAUACAUUUAUUGCUAUCCAGUGUCAGAAGAGUGAGUUUAGGACAAGUCUGCAAACUUGGAUCGCACAUCUGCUGUGUUCCCGAUAGUACUUACUCUUGAGAAGCAUAACUCUGUGACAGUUUAGGGGGCUUGAACCAUGAAACACCCAACAUUUAAAUCAGUGAGGUUACGUGUCUUAGCACUCAGGCUUUUUCUUGAUGCCCAUCUUUUGGUUAACUUCAUUACUGUAGCUAUAUGGUAAAUUUUUGUUAAAUUUAAAAAAAAUUAUUUAGCUCAAAAUGUCAGUGGUCAUUUUUUUUUUUUUUUUUUUUUUAAGACGGGGUUUCACCAUGUUGGUCAGGCUGUUCUUGAACUCCCAACCUCAGGUGAUCCGCCUGUGUUGGCCUCCAGAGUGCUUGGAUUAUAGGCAUGAGCCACCACGCCCCACCAUUGGUCAAUUUUUUAAUUGAGUAAAGUGAUCCUUUUUUGCUCCUAUUUAAAAUCGACUUAGCGUUUUUAGUUCCUUUGACAUUCCGUCUAGUUUUUAGAAUCAGUUUGUACAUAUUUACAAAACCAUCUUGCUCAGAUUUUCACAGAAACGGAAUUAAAUCUGCGGACUAAUCUGUUAAGAAUUGGUGUCUUCACUCUGUUGAGCCUUGUAGUUCAUGAGUUCAGCAGGUCUCGUUCCUCAAAGUAUUUCAUUAAGUUAAAAGUUUCAGCUUAUACAUCCCUAUGCAUUUUUGGUAAAAUCUGCAUCCUGUGCUGCUUUUUCGUUUGUGUGUGGAAUCUGAGUGAUUGUAACUGCCAUUGAUGUUUAAACUUUGAGUUGCACACAAUUUUUGGUAGUAUACACAAAUAUAAUUUUUUGGACAUUGUUUUGCUACCCUCCAACCUUGGUAAGUCCACUUAUUUUUAGCAAUUUCUUUUGACAGAAUCCUUGGAAUUUUCUAUAUAGAAACGUUAUCUGCAAAUAUAGACCAUUUUUUAUCUUUCAUCUUCUCUGUAUACUCCUUAUUUCCUUUUUGUUGGUCUUCUUGCGUUGCACAAGCUGGGACUUUGGUUAUAAUGUUGAAUAGGAGUGAUGAGAAAGGCCAUCCUUACCUGGUUCCUGGUAUUAUGGGGAAAACGUUCAGUUGUUUUCUUUGAGACAGGAUCUCACUUUGUCACCCAGGCUGGAGCUCAGUGGCACAAUCUUGUCUCACCACAGCCCUGACUUCCCAGGCUCAAGUGAUCCCUGCAUUUCAGCCUCUACCAACCCUCAGUAGCUGGUACUACAGGCAUGCACCAUCACGCCCGGCUAAUUUUGGUAUUUUUUUGUAAAGACAGCGUUUCACCAUGAUUCCCAGGCUGAUCUCAAACUCCUGGGUUCAAGCAGUCUGCUUGCCUGGGUCUCCCAAAGUGCUGGGAUUACAGGCAUGAGCCACUGUGCCCAGCAUGUUCAGUUUUUAAUCAUGAAGUAUAAUGUAAGUCUUGUAAAGCAUAUGUUCUCUGUAAGUAUUAAAAAUGUCCUCUGUUCACAGUGUUUUGAGUUUCUGUGUUGCCGUGAAUGAGUGCCGAAUUGCGUUCAGUGCUUUCUCUCCACUGAUUGAUAGCGUCAUGCCACUUUCCUUCCACAUCCCAGUGGUAGAAUGUACUGCUUUGAUAGAGUUUUGAAUAUUGAGCCAGACUUGUUCGUAGCGUAUAAUUGUUUUUAUGUAUCAUUUGACAUUAUUCCCUUUGUUUGUGUUCUGUUGAGGAAAUAUUCUUGUAGCAUUCCCUUACUGUUUGGACAGCAGGAUCUGAACUUACAUCAUUUUAUUUUUGAUAUCUGAAAUGCGUGUGCUCUCUCCGUGGUCGUGAGUCUUCUUAGACAUGAAUCAGUUCUAUUGUGCACCGUGCUGAAAGGUGUAAUUUUUGCUUCAUCUCUCACCUCAGAGAACUAGCGCUUUAUAUUCUCGAUUUGUCUCUUUCUGUUCUUGAUUUCUUUGAUUUCUGCUUUGAUCCGUAUUAUAUUCUUCCACUUGGUUUGGUUGUAUUUGGCUCUUUGUAAGUUUUCCCAAAGUGGGUUUUUAGAUUAUUUAUUUGAGUUUUUUUUUGCUUUUUUAAUGUAAGCAUUACAUUCUAUAAAUUUUCCUAACGUCACAAUUAGUUUAAUCCCACAAGUUUUAAUAUGUUUCUGUUACAUUUUACUCAAUUCUAAUAUUUAUAUUUUUAAAAAUAAUCUCUCUAAGCCAUGAAUUAUUUAAUAGUAUGUUUAAUUUUCUAGUGUUCAGUGUAUUUGUUACUGUUUUCUCAUUUGUUCCAUAUUUGAUCUGACCAUUUAAAUGUGUUAACAUUUUUUAUGACCCAGGAUAGGGUCUGUCUUGUUCCACAUGGCUGCUUGAAAGGAAUGGGCGUUCUGCUGUUACUGGAUCGAGUUUCUACAAAUGUCUGUAUGAUCCUGCUCAUUGUUAGUCAGGUCAGCUGUGUCCUUGCUGAUUUUCUGUCUAACAUUUCUGUCAUUUGCUAAGACUGGUGUUCAAGUCCUGAACAUAGGCUGGAUGUGGUGGCUGACGCCUGUAAUGCCAACACUUUGGGAGGCCGAAGCAGGCGGAUCACCUUAGGUCAGGAGUUUGAGACCAGCCUGGCCAACAUGGCAAAACCCUGUCUCUACUAAAAAUACAAAAUUAGCCAGGCAUGGUGGCGCAUGCCUGUAAUCCCAGCUACUGAGGAGGGGCUGAGGCAGGAGGAUUGCUUGAACCUAGGAGGUGGAGGUUGUAGUGAGCCAAGAUCAUGCCAUUGUACUCCAGCCUGGGCAACAGAGUGAGACUCUGUCUCAAAAAAAAAAAAAAGUCCUGAACAUAAUUGUGGGAGUGUGUUGUCUGUUGCUCUUCGAAGUUCUGUCACUUUUCGUUGCGCAAAGUUCAAAGCUCUAUUAUUUGGUACAUACACAUGUAGAUCCGCCAAAUCUUCAUGGUAAAUUGACUCUUUUAUCCUUACUCAUGUCCUUUUUUUGCCUUUUAAUAGUCUUGUCAGUACUUCAGCUGAUAUUUUUAUAGUGACUCCUGCAUAUUUUGAUUAAUGUUUGCAUGGUUAAUAUUUCUUCAUUGUAUUUUAAACCUUUUCUGUUUCAUUACUUAUGAAGUCAGUUUCUUUGAACAGCAUAUACUCAAGGCCAUGCAUUUUGCAUAUUUCUCUCUUAAUUGGUAUAUUGAAAUCAGUUAAAUUAAAAUGACUAGUGAUAUUUUAGGGCUUAAUGCUGCCCUUAAGUGAUUUUCGUGUGCUUUUUUGUUUUAUUGUCCCUCUCCUUGUUAUUUGGGGUUGUUUACUUACCUUCCUAUAGGCUAGUUCAUCUUUUUCCUUAGAGUUUGAUUUGAUAUAUGCGUAGUGUUUUUAGUGUAGAUGCUCCUUGACUUGUGAUGGGGUUAUAUCCCAAAAUAUCCAUUACAAGUUGAAAAUAUUAAGUCAAAUAUGUAUUUAAUACACCUGCCCUACCAAACAUCAUAGCCGAUCUUGCCUUCAACACUCUCAGCAAAUUUACAUUAGCCUGCCGUUGGGUAAAAUCAUCUAACACAAGGCCUAUUUCAUAAUAAAAUUACUGCAAAGAAUUUCGAAUAAAAAUUCAAGUAUGGCUUUACUGAGUGCAUGAAGCAUUUGCACCACGUAAAGUCAAGUAAUAAGUGGAACCAUCGUAAGUCAGGGACUACAUAUAUCUGCAUUUUUUAGUGACUGUCCUACCAUUGCACUGUAAAUCUAUAACACGACAGUUUAGUAAGUUAUCAGCAAUUUGACAACUUUAUCACGGGUACAGUUGUAAUAUUGUAAUUGCUGAUGUAAGUAUCCACAGUUUAGCACUUCCUGGGUUCCUUUACCCUACCUCUUAAUGUAACUAUCUUAAGUAAUUCCUCUUCAAAAAUUGAGCACUAUGGUACGUGAUGUAAUUUUUGCUUUAUCUCUCGCGUAUUUUACAAAAGGUCGUGAGGAGCAUUGUCUCGACCUGUUUACCCAUUCCAUCGUUCAUUCUUCCUUCUUGAAGUCCCAAGCCUUCUUCUAUUAACAUUUCCUUUCCGUUACACACUACUGAACUUACUGUGGCCUUUUUUCUAGGGUAACAACUGUUCCUUGUUUUCCUUCCUCUAAAGGUAUCUUUAUGUUUGCUUCAUUCCCAAAGAAUAUAUGUGUGGGGUGUAGAGUCCUCAGUUGUGUUGUUUUUUUUUUUUUUUUUGAGACGGAGUUUCACUCGUUACCCAGGCUGAAGUGCAAUGGUGCGAUCUCGGCUCACCGCAACCUCCGCCUCCUGGGUUCAGGCAAUUCUCCUGCCUCAGCCUCCCGAGUAGCUGGGACUACAGGCACGCACCACCGUGCCCAGCUAAUUUUUUGUAUUUUUAGUAGAGACGGGGUUUCACCAUGUUGACCAGGAUGGUCUCGAUCUCUUGACCUCGUGAUCCACCCGCCUCGGCCUCCCAGAGUGCUGGGAUUACAGUUUUCUUUUAAUACUUGAGAAACAUGUCUCUCUGUUCUGUCCGUUAUGGUUUAAUAUAAGAAAUCUACUACCAUUCAGAUAAUCAUUCCCUAUUUGGCAAUGCAUCAGUUCUGUUGAGCUUCAUCCAGCGUGUUUUUCAUUGUCCAUAGUGUUCAGAAGUUCGACUAUGAUGUGCGUGGCGUGGAAUUUUUUGAGUGUAUCUUACUUGGUGUUCCCUGAUGCCUGCCCAGCUUUUUAAUCUAUAGGAUUAUACCUUUGCUAACUUUGGGGGAUUUUCAACUCCUAUUUCUUCAAAUAUUUUUUCACACCCCGUCUUGUCUUUUUUAGGGACUUCAAUAACAUGAAUGGCAGAUCUUUUUUUACACUCCCAUGGGUCCUUCAGGCUUUCGUCUUUCUUCAUUUUCCAUUCUGUUUUCUCUGUCGUUAAUAUUAAUUAAUUUCUGUUGACGGUCCGUGGUCCUCACUGAUUGUUUCCUUUGUCACACCUAAUCUGUUGCGUUUCUCCCGUGAUUUUUCAUCUUGGUUUUGUAUUUUCCAGUUUAAUUUCCAUUUCGUUCUUUUGUACACCUUCUAUUUCUUUGCUUCGUUUUUAUUGCCAAAGAAAGACUCUCAGAGAAUAGACAAUCGUAUUCCAAAGUCAUGGUUCUGUGGUGGUUUGUCUUGACAUUUGAAUAGAAAUGUUAAACUCUCUGGGGGAAUAGAAAGCCUGCAGUCUCCUCAGUCGUGCCUCACAAAGAUUUCUAUGAACAGCUCUUACAACUGAGGGUGAUGUGCAGAUUGUUGAGAGUCGUGUUGUCCGUGGAACGUUUGUAAAAUGCCCUAGCUGCCUAAGCCGUGUUGUAUCCUCAGGAAGGAGUCACUUCUCUUCCGGGAUCCCUCUUGCCUUUUAUCGGACACACUUUCCCACUUCCUGCCCAGUUGUUUCUAGGCUCCUCUGCUUACUUCCUCGCUUAGUCUUCAACUUGUCUGUAACAACUAGAUUUUUCCCCGUUACUCUGUAUCUGUGUUCAAGUCUCUGUCCUCAUCCCCAAACGGUUUCCACAUUGCUUGCCCAUCAGCCUCCCUCUUUCUUCUGUCUCCUGCAGAAGCACACUACCUGUUCCCCGCCAUUCUCAUUUCUUUUACUCCAUGGGCAGCUACAGAAGAGCUUCCAUCCUUUGUCCUUUUACUGCCUUAUUAGACCUUUGUACUGCCGACCAUCCCUCUGACCUGAAGGUUCUUUCCUGGCUUCUGCCAGUUGCUGUCUUUCUCCUCCAGAGGGUCUGUAUCUUCCUUCCAACUCUUUUUUUUUUUUUUGAUGGGGUUUCCCCACGAUGGCCAGGCUGGUCUUGAACUCCUGACCUCAGGUGAUUCACCCAUCUUGGCCUCCCAAAGUGCUAGGAUUACAGGCGUGAGCCACUGUGCCCGGCCCUUCCUUCCAACUCUUAAACAUUUUUGUUUCCCAGAAUCCAUCAUUGGUUGUGGCUUUUUUACUUGCCGUAAGCUCUGUGAAUGAGAUGAUUCCUGCUGAAGACACUUUACAUCAAUAAUCUACAGAAUUUCCCCAAAUCCAUGUCUCCAGACCAGAUGUUUCUCAUGUCUGUGACCCGCUGGCCAUGUUUCUACACUUUUUCUGUAUUUACAAACACUGAGCCUGUAUGUAUGUGCCAUGUGGCCAUGGCCCUGUCUGUGGGGAUGCCCCACAAUUAUAAGAGCAUGCAAAAGUAGUGUCGCUGUGUAUCAGACGUUGUUGUGAAUGUUUUAUAUGCAUCAGCUCUUUUAACAUUUACAGCAUCUCUGUGCAGUAGGUAAUGCUGUUUCCUCCAUUUUACAGAUCAGAGUAUAGAUAGACUCAGGUUAAUAAUUUUCCUGGCCGGGCGCGGUGGCUCACACCUAUAAUCCUAGCACUUUGGGAGGCCGAGGUGGGUGGAUCACCUGAGGUCAGGAGCUCAAGACCAGCCUGGCCAUCAGGGUGAAACCCCAUCUUAAAAAAAAAAAAGAAUUUUUCCAAGUUACAAGAAAGAGUUGGCAAGAUCAUGAAAAAAGAACUUCCCAGGGUUACACAAUUAGGAAGUUUGGGUUUAGGGACUGGAGGCCACAGACUGGCUUCAGAAUUCAUGUCUUUAACCACCUGACUGCUCCUCAUAGGCUGGGAAUUGCCUUCUGGUCAUGAUUUUUACUAAAGUUGAUUCAACAGCGCUGUAGUCUACGAUCUUCAUUUGACAACACAUCUCGGCCGUUUCUUCAACUUGAGGAAGGUAAACCAAACCCACUGUUCAAUGGGUGCGAUGUGUGUUGUGAUUUUGUAGAAAACAGUGUCCGUCUGGGUCUAAGGAUAAGUAGAGAAGCGGUCAGACGUGCAUUGGGUUUACGAGUGUUUGAAGAUCAGGCUGAGUUUCCCACGGUUGAACUUUGUUGCCCAGGGCAGACACAUCGCACCCAUCUCUUCUUCCCUCGUCCCCCCAUCCAGUCUCAGCCCCAUUCUGUUCAUUCCACCUUUUUUUAAUAGACCCCCCCAUACAUGUGUGUGCUUUGGUAAAUGGCCACACACAGCAAAGUAUUUUUAUUGCAAGUUCGUUGUGGUGGUGGUGGUUUGAGAUGGGAGUCUCACUAUGCCACCCAGACUGAAGUGCAGUGUUGCAGUCUCAGUUCACUGCGACCUCCACCCCCCUCCCCCAAGUUGAAGCAAUUCUCCCCCACUCAGCCUCUCAAGUAGCCACCAUGCCCGGCUGAUUUUAUUUUUUUGUAGACACACGGUUUCACCAUGUUGGCCAGGCUGGUCUCACACUCCUGACCUCAGGUGAUCCACCUGCCUCGGCCUCCCAAAGUGCUGGAUUACAGGCAUGAGCUACUGCACCUGGCCUUUAUUGCAAUUUUUGGUUCUCUCUCAGAAUGUUUGCCACGAAGCUGUGCAUAUAGGUGGCACCAGAUAUAGCAUUCCUUAACCUCAAAGAGAAUCUACCUGGGCUUUUCUGGACAGCUGUAUGUGAUUUUAGAAAUUGUUAUGAAUGACUGUCUUGACAGUUGGCUGAGAAGACCUGGGACUCAGCAUUCUGUCAUACUCAACAGCUAAGAUUUACUACAGCGAAAGAAUACAAGGCAAAUUGUAAGGGAAAGGCUGAAAUUCAGAGAAAACCAGGCACAAUCUUUUGAGAGUUGUUUCAGUGAAGUCACACAGGAUGUGUCUUGUUGAAUAGCACCUAAACACAGGGCACUGAGCUACUGCCGUUUUGGGUGGAGCAGUAGUAAAGCUCCCGAAAUCUAAGGUCCCAUGCUCCGGCAGGGGUGAACCUUGCAAACUCAAAGGAUAGCAGCCUCCCAUCUGCUGUUUUAACUUUUCUACAGUGACUUAAAUGGUACUAAAAAACUGUGUAAGUCAAAUUUAUGUUAACAUUAAGCAAAUAAUUUUUUUCAGCAAAAAAAUAAUGGUCAUGACUGUGGUGACGGCUUAUGUAAUGAUUGUAAUAAAUCCAGACCAUGUAAGGUGGCUUGUAACCCCAGCACUUUGGAGGCCAAGGCAGGUGAAUCAUCUGAGAUCAGGAGUUUGAGCCCAGCCUGGCCAACAUGGUGAAACCCAGUAUCUACAAAAAUACAAAAAUGAGCCGGGCAUGGUGCUACAUACCUAUAGUCCCAGGACCUCGGGUGGCUGAGGCAGUAGAAUCGCUUGAACCCGGGAGGCGGAGGUUACAGUGAGCCGAGAUCGUGCCACUGAACUCCAGCCUGGGUGACAAAGUGAGACUCUGUCUCAAAAAAAAAAAUUCUCCUUUCCUCAGUUUUGUUAAGAGGAGAAAGAAAAUCCUAAGUUGCAGUGGAACUUAUGAACAACCUAGCCUAGAGGUUUAAUUUAGCUAUGACAAGGUACAGAGAAAGUCUUGUAAGAAAGGACCUAGCCUGCUGUGUGUGUGUGUGUGUGUGUGUGUGUGUGUACGGCUUCAAGCUGUAUAUAUGCACACAAUAUUCAUAUUGUGUAUGAAUACAUAAAUAUGGCUACAAGUGCUGUGAAUCGCAGGUACUCCUUUUGUUCACUUCUGUAAAGAUGUUGCUGCCAGAUCCAUGUGUAUUUCUAUAGUAUAUAUGUAUACAAUCUGUCAUCCUGUUGUUGCUGCUUUUAAGACUAGUUCAUGGCUUCAAUGGGGAGAGAUUUAAAUAAUACACGCUUAUAAUAAUUUCUACAUUAUUAAAUGCAGGUGACUUGGGAUUAAAGAGUAUGUUACUGGAA